CUACAAACAAAAUGAAAUUCUUAUACACUAAUGCUCUACUAUUCUCAUUCCUAUUCGUAUUUUGUCUUUCUCACGUAAGUGCUUCAAAUUCAUCCAUUGACAAUUUCCUUCAAUGUCUUCCAUCUCGCUCAAAUCCAUCACAUCCAAUCUCUAACGCUGUGUACACUCCUACCAACUCUUCAUUCUUGAGUGUUCUUCAAAACUACAUACGCAAUAGUAGAUUUAACACGUCUACUACUCCAAAACCUCUAGCCAUAGUCACGCCCUUGGACAUAUCCCAUGUCCAAGCAACCGUUAUAUGUGCAAAAACAAAUGGGAUUGAAAUUAGGAUUAGAAGUGGUGGACAUGAUUAUGAAGGCCUAUCAUACGUUGCAAAUGUUCCCUUUAUUAUCCUUGACAUGUUCAAUUUACGAUCAAUUGACGUUGAUAUACCAAAUGAGACGGCUUCUAUCCAGUCUGGGGCAACCCUAGGUGAACUUUAUUAUAAGAUUUCCCAAAAGAGUAACAUCCAUGCAUUUCCUGCAGGGGUGUGUUUUACUGUUGGCGCCGGAGGCCACUUUAGUGGAGGUGGCUACGGGAAUAUGUUAAGACAAUAUGGUUUAUCUAUCGAUAACAUUAUCGAUGCACAAGUUGUGGAUGCAAAUGGUAGAAUUCUCAACCGCGAAAGCAUGGGUGAAGAUCUUUUUUGGGCUAUUAGGGGUGGUGGAGGUGCUAGUUUUUGUGUCAUAUUAUCAUGGAAAUUAAAACUAGUACGCGUUCCAGAGAUUGUGACAGUUUUCAAUGUUCAAAGGACGUUGGCUCAAGGUGCUACAAAUAUAGUCAUGCAAUGGCAACAAGUAGCUUCCACGAUUGAUAACAAACUCUUUAUCAGAGUACAACCACAGGCAAUUCAACAAGGAGGAAGCAAGACGGUCCAAGUUACAUUCAUUGCGUUAUACCUUGGACGCGCCAGUACACUUGUUCCAUUGAUGAACAAGAGUUUUCCGCGGUUGGGAUUACAAGCACAAGAUUGCACCGAGAUGCCAUGGAUUAAUACAACUUUAUUUUGGAAUGGUAACCCAAUUGGUACUCCCCUUGAAGUGUUGUUGGAUAGGGCACCUUCCCCGUCCAACUCCUAUGGAAAAAACAAGUCCGAUUAUGUAAAAACACCUAUUCCUAGGGCAGGAUUAGAAGCUAUAUGGAAGAAAAUGAUUCAACUGCAAUCAAAUAAUGUAUUUUUGAUGCAAUGGAAUCCUUAUGGUGGGAGGAUGAGUGAGAUUCCUGAGAAUGCAACGGCGUUUCCUUAUCGAGCAGGGAAUCUAUUUAAGAUGCAAUACAUUACACUUUGGCAAGAUGAUGGUGUUGAGGCUAUAAACAGGAAUAUCCAAGCUACUAGAGAACUUCAUGCUACUUUUACUCCUUAUGUGACUAAGAACCCAAGACAAGCAUUCUUAAAUUAUAGGGAUAUUGAUAUUGGUACCAACAAUAAUGGGAACUUAGUUUUUGCUCAGGACUACUUUAAGAAUAAUGUCAAGAGAUUGUUGGAAGUUAAGGCUAAGGUCGAUCCGAGUGAUUUCUUCAGGUAUGAGCAGAGUAUACCAGUUUUCCCUAAGAGAAAAUAAAGCUGAUAUACAGGUAAAUUAAGAGUGUUUGUAUAUAAUUGUAAGAUACGAUCGAGUAUGUGACUUACUUGUAUAUUGUUUUAUUUAUGUGAUUAUGAAGUUGUAUCUAGGUAUGAAAUGUGUAUCAAUAAAAUAAAAUGUGCGGUAUAGUUUGAUUUAUGUAA